GACGUGAUGGUGCAUGCCUGGUGCUGAAAGAUUUCUAUAUCCUUGUUGAUAGAAUAGAAGAACUUUCUCCGAACGAAUAACUGCUUGUCUGUGCUCAUUUUCUCUUUAUGUUCAUUGUAUGAAAACUUCAUGAUGAGUUGAUUCGUCUAAUUUCCGCCUUGGCAACAUUCCUGGUGUCUCAUGGGCAGAAAACCAUUCGUUGGAGAAAUUUUUAGUCAGUAGCUGCGGAUGAUCAGCAGGAGGAGGUUGAAGCACUGAGUGGCUGUGUCUUGUUGUUAGCAAACAUGCGGGGCUUGGGUGAUACGGGCUCGCUGGUCGCCAGCAGUCUAACCAUGAUCUCUGGCUUGCUCGCAGCCAUAUAUGUUGCAAAGUACCUGGUGGACAUAAUGGAUCCAACAACGAAGCGAGCUAAGCAGGUAGCUCAGCAUGUGGCCGGUAUUCUGAAGGCGCUCGGCCGCUCAAAGGUGAAGCUGAGCAACCAGGAAAUGCAAGUCGCUUGCGAUCUGGUCAAUCCAGCUGAUCUACGAGUAACUUGGGCCGACAUUGGUGGCCUGAAUGAUGUGGCACGGUCGCUGCGCGAGGCCAUUCUCUGGCCUUUGAAACAUAGACAUCUGUUUGAAAGAUCGCACCUUCUUGAGCCACCGAAAGGCAUACUGCUGCAUGGACCUCCUGGCUGUGGUAAGACUAUGCUGGCAAAGGCGGUGGCGGCUGAAGAAGGCAUCUGCUUUCUUAACCUGCAGACGUCAACCAUCCUGGACUUAUGGCAUGGUGAGACGGAAAAACUGACUGCCGCAGUGUUCAGCCUUGCGCGCAAACUUCAGCCUUCUAUCAUCUUCAUCGAUGAGAUUGACCUAUUGCUUCGUGCGCGGCGACCCGGCGAUCAUGAGUCCUCUGGUAAUCUCAAAGGCCAGUUCAUGUCGCUGUGUGAUGGCCUCCUGACUGAUCCCACCGAGCAAAUCAUCAUCCUCGGUGCCACCAACCGACCGCAGGACAUUGACGAAGCCAUCUUGCGGCGCUUGCAGUUGCAGUUCCACAUCCCCCUGCCGACGACGGAACAGCGGGCUGCCAUCCUCAGGGUCAUACUGCGCGAUGAGGACUUGGCCGACGACGUUGACCUGGAUUUUCUUGCCCGGGUCACGGUUGCCAAGAGCGGCGCCGACUUGAAGGAAAUGUGUCGGCGUGUCGCCAUGGAGCCAGUCAGGGAGCUCGUGGCGCAGUCUGCUGGCUCGGGCUUAAGCAUUGCUGAUGAUGAUGAUGAUGAUGAUGAUGAUGGUGGCGAUGACUCAGGCGAUACUAUCGAGGGUGAGCUGCGGCCAAUCCGAAUGGCGGACUUCCAGAAGCUGCACCCAGGAUACUUCGUGCAGAAUGACUUGGUUGAUUGAGACCGGCGUUUAUCUCUGGAUUAUUUUAUUUUGCGUUGUGUUGCGCAACAAAGUAUUGUGGAAUGCUGUCUGUCCCUAUCUCACCGUCGGAAUAUUUCACGUGUCACCGUCCUCUGUUUUCCUUACUCUGUGCUAAUUGCUUGGUAUGAUCUACGUCCUGUGAUGUACCCUUGAGGACAUAACAUUACUGUGUCCAAUCUGGAAAUCGUUGUUGCACUUCGUAUGGGACUAUGUUUCCUCUGUUUGGAGUAUUUCUCAUUUAAAUAAAGAUUUGUACUUUGUGUCGUUAUCAUAUCCUGCAGCUUGUGAAAAAUCAUGCUAGGGGCUGUGUUAUAUUUUUAGUGUCUUGCUCGCACUUAGCUCUUUUAGGUAUCUUGUUUUCAGUUUCUAACCCAGAUAAUGCUGCCUUGAA